GAGCGAUUGAUAAGUACGAAAUGCAACAUCCAAUUACGCUUAGCUCAGUCUGUCAAGUGAUACAACCCGCAUUCGGACAGUAUCUGAGUUCGCUGUUACCGUAUUCGUAGCGAGCAAAAGGUGUUUGAAGGAAUAAAAUGUCCGUGUUGCGCGUGUUUUCCCGUAAUAUGGCUACGGCUUCCAAUAUUAAAAACGUGGUAGUGAUCGGUGGUGGGCUGAUGGGGUCCGGAAUAGCACAGGUCGCAGCUGCAACUGGCCACAAUGUAACGUUGGUAGAAAUUAACGAUCAGCUGGUUGAUAAAGCGGUUGGUGGUAUCAAGAAGAGUUUGGAGCGCAUUGCUAAAAAACAAUUCAAGGACGAUGCAUCCAAAGGGCAAGAGUUCAUCGAAGGGACGCUGAAAAAUCUCAAAGGCUCAACAAAGCUUGAGACAGCUGUUGCUAAAUCUGAUCUGGUAAUCGAGGCAAUCAUCGAACGAAUGAACAUUAAGCACGAACUGUUCUCCAAGAUCGACAACGCUGCCCCGGCGAGUACCAUCUUCGCUAGUAACACUUCCUCUCUUCCGAUUGGCGAGAUAGGAUCGGUUACAAAGCGGCAGGACCGUUUUGGUGGGUUACAUUUUUUCAACCCGGUUCCAAUGAUGAAGCUAUUGGAAGUUAUUCGCACCGAAAAGACCUCCGAGGAGACCUAUCAACAGUUGAUGGAAUUUGGAAAACGAAUGGGAAAAACGUGCAUCACCUGCAAGGACACUCCCGGAUUCGUCGUCAAUCGACUUCUCGUCCCGUACAUGGCGGAAGCGGUACGAAUGUUGGAGCGAGGCGAUGCGAGCGCACGAGAUAUUGACACCGCCAUGAAACUGGGCGCUGGUUACCCGAUGGGUCCCUUCGAGCUUAGCGAUUACGUUGGGUUGGACACCACCAAUAAUAUUAUGCAGGGGUGGCACAAAAAGUAUCCCGAGAAUCCGCUGUUCGCUCCACCGAAAAUGCUGGAGAAGCUUGUUUCGGAGGGAAAGCUUGGCGUCAAGAGCGGCGAGGGUUUCUAUUCGUAUAAGAAGUAAAGUUAAGCUGUGAAAUGUUAUCUGUUCUCUUGAAUCAAUAAAAUGCAUUUAAAGUGAA